AUGGCUUCUGUGUACAAGCAGUUCUUGGCUUCUCCCAGCUCCUCCCUGCUGGCAGACAAUGCCUCGCUGCACUACGUUACCACCACUACGUCCAUCUUUGGCGCUACCGAGAUCAUCAAGCACCUCAACACCCACCAGAAGCAGGUAAAGGUCAAGAAGCAGGAAUUCCUGAACCUUGUCGAUGGACAGUCUGUUGUUGCAGCCGAAAUCGACACGGCCCUGGAGUUCCAAACUAGUGGUGGCGCUUACCUUCCCGGCCUGGACGACAACUUCUUGUCGGAUCGCGUUGCUCAUCUCUCUAUUGUUCACAUUGUAACGCUCAACGAGGAAGGCAAGGUUCUCCAAAUUCGUCAACAAUGGGAUCAGGGCUCUCUGCUCAAGCAGAUGGAAAUCAUUGGCAGGACUGGACGGAAUUGGCCCAUCAGGGAUAGCAGAGAGCAACUCACCUUGAUCCAGUCGUGCCUCAAGUCAACUGGCGCAGCCUCAAAGCAGCCCGAGAGUCACAACGACAUCGUCAUCCGAACCCGCGGCAGCUCCAACAACGCCAUGCGCGACCCCCAUGCGUCUCUGCAACUAUUUGGAAACCGAGAGGAACUGGAGGCUGCUGCGUCCGCGUCCGUCGUGUCACCUUAUGCGGGUCACCGUAAGGGACAGCGGUCUUUCGCCGACGUCUUGGGUGACGAUCCCACUGGUGAGCACUACGGAGGAGGGCAUGACCGCCACCGAUCCGCCUCGCCGAGCAAGGCUGGGCAGGGCAAGAACGUACAACCUAUGCGUAUCUUUGAGGGCCAAGAACAUGUUGAGGACGAAGAUACGACGCCCAAGACCAGCAAGAACAGAUUUAUCAAGCCCAAUCCUCAAAAGUAUAGCCACUUCGACUUUGCUGAUGGAUCCGACCCUCAAGACAGACCCCAGCCGGGUGUCUCAUUUGAGGACCGUCCGAAAUCGAAGCAUGAUAGCCAGUGGGACUUCCAAGACUUCACCACCCCCCACAAGUCUCAGCCUACAAAGCAGUACCGAGCACAGGACGUUCGUCACUGGGACACUGAGGCGAGCAACAUGGGAGAUGACUCAGCUCACCCGGUUGGGAAAGCUCGCCGUGAUGCCGAAACUCACUUUGAGCUACAGGAUGACGGCGAGAAGCUGCCGCACCAGGAGCGCGCCAAUGCCCGCCCCCGAGGUUCAAUGCACAAUGACGGACUCGGCUUGUACAAGAACAAGCUGUUUGACCAGGAGGGAGCUACACCCGAGCCGAAGCGUGCUCUCGGCAACAUCACCAACUUGAAGGGCCGUGGCAACGACUUUGAUCCCCACUUCGCCAUGACUGAUGAGUCGCCUGCUCCCGAGUCCUCCCGCGCUCACCACAUUCCAGAGGGUCGGAUGAAGGCUGUCAAGAUGAUGGAUGCCAACUGGUCUUCCUACGACAAAUCACCGACCGCCCAGAAGGAAAACAAGCAACGAGGCGAGGGCCGCUUCUUGGAGGAUAACAAGAUCAACAUUGCUGGUGAUGGCAUGGGAGGACGAAAGGGUACUAACCGCGACUGGCUCUAUGGCGGUGGCAGCGACGAUGACGCCCCCAAGCCGACGUCACGAAAGCCAAACCCUGGUGCCGCUCAAAAGAGCUUUUGGGACUUUUAA